GAUGAUUGUCUUGAGCAAUGCAAGGCAUUGUGAUCCUCAAAAAUCAUAUAGUUAUUUUUAUAUAUAAAUAAUAUUAUGUGCUUAUUAUAUUCAAAUUUAAUAUAUCUGCAUUGCUGGACCUGUCUCUGGCAUCUCUUUCACAAAACUUGACUCACAUUGGCUAAGGCACUGUGAUUUGUUUGGCAUGCCUCAAACCCCAAAUGCAACAAAGCCUUGGUUUCCGUGUGGGAGAGAGAAUCUUAAAUCCUUCAACAGUUUAACAGUUCUAUUUUAUUCAACUCUUUUGCAGUAUAUACUGAUGGGGAAGGUGAGGGCAAGGUCUUUCUUUAUCUUAGAAAGCUGUGGCUCAAGUUGAGGUGUAACUGUUUGCCUUUUUGCUUUGCUUCUUCUUCUUCUACUACUACUACUUCUCCUUCUGCUUCAGAACGACACAGCUGUGAUCACCUCAGCUCAUGAAACUAUUACAGGUGUAGGUGUACCAAGGUAUCUUAGAAGGAAAGGAUUCUCAACUUUUACUAUUCUAGUAUAUUCUUGAGGUAGAAGCAGUGGUCUAAGAUUUUCACAAGCUGAAUUAAGCUUCAAUGGAGAAGCUUGUUGAGUCAUAUGAUAGGGAAUGCAUGAGAAUGGCCAUGCUAAAACAUGAAGAAACAUUCAAGCAGCAGGUAUAUGAACUUCAUCGUUUAUAUCAGAUACAGAAAAUGUUAAUGAAAAACAUGGAAAGCAGCAGGCCUAAUGGAUGGAGUCAAGAACUAUGGAAUUUGAAGAAUGAACUUAGUUUCAAUCAGACAAAUCAUAAUCGUGGUGCACAACAAAAGCCACAAAGGAAACUUGAUCUGGAACAGCCAGCUGAGGAGUACAUUGCAGAAUCAGAUGGUAAUGGAGUAUUAGAGAUUAUAGACGAGAGUGAGAUUGAGCUGACUCUAGGCCCCUCAAGUUACAACAGAAGGAAGAAACCUGAGACUCCUCUAACCUCAGAUUCAGGACCAAGCUUCUCUUCUUCUUCCACUGGAUCCAGUCACAUAAAUAGGACUAGUUCCUAUACAACACGACAAGAAUUAAAUGGCCAUGAACCAAGGCUUGUCCAGGUGCCUGACAUGACAUUAGGGUAUCAAAGCAGAAGUAAAAACAAUAUUGAUGUUGAAGAACAAUUAAGACAGGAUAGGCUAAACCAGCCUUCUUGGUUUUUCCAAGUUUUGAGCUUGAACACUACCUGAAAAAAUAAGUCUUCCAAGUUAAUUUGUGAAGAUUUUGAACUGCUUAUCUGCUAAUUGUAUGAUUGAUGUUUGUGUGGAAUUUUUUGCUUAGCUUUUCAGGUUAAUGGGUGUCCGGUUGAGUCUUCUGUAUAGUGGUUUCCCUGAGUUGAAAUUCCAUCACAAUUUACAAGUGA